AUGAAGAAGGGUGGCAGGAAAGCGAGCGGGUGCUUCUUCUGCCUCGGCGCGCCGAUGCGCGCGCUGUCGAGAGCGUGCGACCUCUACGUGAGCUGCAUGUCCGGAUGCGCGCGCCGGAUGCCAGCGGGGGCGGUCGUGGGUGGACGCGGCCCCGGCGGCUUCGGCAGGCCGGCCACGACCAUGCACCUGCGGGCGAACUCGGAUCGCGCCGACGACCUUGUCCGCGCCGCGUCGAAACAGCGCCGCGUCGCGCCCGAGCCAGCGGACGUCGGGGCAGCGAAGAAGAAGGUGCACGUUAGCCUGGCAACUGCGGCCGUCCCGGCGCGGAGGAAGCGCUCGGCGACGAUGGUGACCAUCGCUGAGGACGGGCCGUGCGAGUUUGGCGCCUGCGCGCUGAAACGGCCAGAGCAGAGGAGUCGCGGCGCGGCGGUGGGCGGAGUGGCCGCGCGCGGCGGUGGUUUUGGUGCCAUCAAGGUGGGGAACGAGGCAUUCGAGAGCCGAGCGUGA